CCAAACACCCCACUCCACUACACCAAAAUCUUGAAUUUUCUCUUCACCAUGGCAACUUACAAAGCUUUCUUGAUUUUCUUUCUAAAUAUUCUUCAUCUAUCAAUAUCCAAAAAAAUUCAAGAAAACACACCCCUUUCACUUUCUUUUCCAAUUAAAACAACCCCUUUAUCUCAAAAUUUGAAAAUAAAUUUUCUAUCUUCAUCAAAAGCCAUGACAAAGCCACCAUCAUCUUUGAACUAUAAAUCAAAUUUCAAAUAUUCAAUGGCUCUUAUUGUUACACUUCCAAUAGGUACACCUCCACAAGAUCAACAAAUGGUUUUAGAUACUGGUAGUCAACUUUCUUGGAUUCAAUGUAAUAAAAAAAAAUUACCAAAAAUACCCCCAUCAACAAUAUUUGAUCCUUCUUUAUCCUCUUCAUUUUCUGUUUUACCAUGCAAUCAUCCUUUAUGUAAACCACGUAUACCUGAUUUUACCCUCCCAACUUCAUGUGACCAAAAUAGUCUCUGUCAUUAUUCUUACUUCUAUGCUGAUGGUACAUUAGCUGAGGGUAAUCUUGUCAAAGAGAAAAUUACUUUUUUGAAUUCCCAAAAUACCCCUCCUUUGAUCCUAGGUUGCACGACGGAGUCGCGCGACGCGGAGGGUAUUUUGGGAAUGAAUCUUGGUAGGUUCUCAUUCGCCUCGCAAGCAAAGGUGCAAAAGUUCUCGUACUGUGUGCCAAAUCGACAGGGGAAAGUUAGUCCAAGUGGGACGUUUUACCUAGGUCAAAACCCUAAUUCACAUAUGUUUAAAUAUAUUAAUCUUUUGACUUUUCCUCGAAGUCAACGUAUGCCAAAUUUGGACCCCCUAGCAUAUACUAUUGGCAUGGUGGGGAUAAAAAUUGGAGGGAAAAAAUUGAAUAUCUCCGAGAAGGUUUUCCGGCCGGACGCGGGUGGUUCCGGCCAGACGAUGAUCGAUUCGGGGACCCAAUACACUUUUCUAGUAGAGGAGGCGUAUGAUAAAGUCCGAGAUGAAAUUGUUAGGUUAGUAGGUCCAAAAUUGAAGAAGGGGUACGUAUAUGGUCAAUCGCUCGAUAUGUGCUUCGAUGCUGUAAAUUCCAUAGAGGCUGGUCGAUCGAUAGGGGAUAUGACACUAGAAUUUGAGAAUGGAAUUGAAAUAUUGGUCAAUAAAGAGAAUAUGUUGGAUGAUGUAGGUGGAGGAGUUCAUUGUUUGGGGAUUGGAAAAUCAGAAAAACUUGGAGUAGCAAGUAAUAUUAUUGGUAAUUUUCAUCAACAAAAUUUGUGGGUUGAAUUUGAUUUGAGUAAUAAAAGAGUUGGGUUUGGGAAAGUAGAGUGUAAGUAGGGACAGACUAUAGUGUUAGUGAUUAGUUGUUGUCACAUAUUGUAAGUGCUUGUUUUGAGUACAUAUUUUUAUUAAUACUUUUGAAGAAAAAAAAAGGUGUAUAUGUUAAUCUAGAGGGGUUGUUGGGGCUUGUGUUUUGUGUAAAUAAAAUAUUUUCCUUUAUAUAAUAGAAAAUUUCAUAAAA